AUGAUCACCGUGGCGCAUGAAGAACGUGCUGUGACUGUAACUCCUCGAAACAGAGCUAACUUUCGAAGGCUCAAAACCAAUAGCAUACAGAGUUAUAAACGAUGGGAAAAAGAGAACGAACUUCUGUAUGCCAUGAUGGAAGACGAGAGCGAAUGGCUGGCAAAGUUAUUUCCUGAUGUUGUUAUAAGUCCCGACUUUUUUUUCUACGCCUUGGAAGAUGGUUCACUACUCUGUCGACUUGCGAACUACAUCCAAGAGAAAGCGGAGACCUACUCUCGGGAGCGAGACAUCCCAGUACCAGGGAAAAAAUUUCGCUAUCACAAAAUGGGAAAAUGCAACAAAGAAAUCAAACUCUUUAAAUCUAGGGAGAAUGUGCAACAGUUUCUAACGUGGUGCCGAAGUCAUGGUAUUCCCGAAGCCAUCCUGUUCGAAUCGAACGACGUUGUCCAAGUAGACGAUUGCCGAGAGGGCUGCAGAGGUGUCGUAAUUUGUCUCAUGGAAAUUGUCAGAAGGACAGCAAAGUUUGAACUCGACGAGCUUCCCCAGUUAAUUCAAAUGGAGAAAGAAAUCGAAGAGGACGAGGCUAUGAAUGACAUGGAUGUAUCGGACGAACAAGGGCAAAUUUUGAACGUGGAGCAAAUAAACAUAAGUGAAUUUGACAACCUUGAAGUACAACAGACAGAUCAGCCAGAAAUCCAAAGCCCUAGUUCUUUAGACUCGGAUUCUGGAGUUGACUCUGUAUUUGAUCAAGAAGAGGGGGACAGCGCAGCGUCUCGUUUGACGGAGUUUUCUGUGGAAGAGGAAACAGCGAAAGCCACAGCCGUGGCAGGAAAACAAACUCCAUUGAAACCAAAAGAUCGAAAAAGUUGUCCGAAAAUUCAGAAAAAAACUGAUGAACUUCCUUCUCUACUUGAUAGCAAAGGACCAAAAUCGGAGUUAGAUAAACAGGUAAGCAUCUAUGCCUAUUUCACGUUAAUUUUCACCUAACAAAAUUUUGAAGGACUCCUAAUUAACUAUUCCACGGAAGAAGAAUUGACCCGAGGGUUUUCAUUAUGACAACUUCAAGAAAGUGUUUGCAAACAUCCAUUCAGGCGUUUACUUAGUAGGGGGUGCAAUUCCGCCGCUAUAUACCAAUUAAUAUGGUCAUAAUAUUGCGACGAAAUAUUUUUUGAAGCAAGAAGUUGAAACAAAAUUGAGUAGUUUUAUCAAUAUCGUUUUCGAUAUGAAUACUCGUCAAUCCACGAAUUAUGCAAAUAUACUCUGUUUAUGUUGAUCGACUGAAGAUAACAGUGCUCAUAUUACAUUUCUAUGCACGUUUCGUCUGAAAAGUACAGUUGUUAGAUUCAGAGUUUAAUCUACUUUUCUCAAGGAUCUAGAUUACAGCCGUAAUAAGCUUGAAAACAAAACAGUUUGGUGUUGGAUGAAAUAAUAGCUAUUUAAAGUGAUACUAAAAUGGCUAGCAUAUACAAUAAAUUAAUUUCACAUUGAAUAUAAUUUGGCUAAGCAAGGACAUCUGUCUCCUCAGGGCAGCCGGCAGAUGGCUUAAUUUUAUUAAACGGUAAUUUUAAACGAUUGAUAUGAUCGUCUGUGUCAAGGGUUUAGGUUUCUCUUCGUGAAUUUGUUGACAACAAGACUUCUAGCACCCGUGGAAACCAGUUAAAUGCAUUUUUAAAUAGAAUCUUCCGAUUAGGAAUCAUUUGAAAUGCAGCUGAGAGAAAAGAUCACGCUAACUGCGCAUAUCAAGUUUUUCCAAACAACGCGAAAAUUUUGUCAGAGAAGGGUUUUGUAGAAGUGAUAUAACAGAAAUUUAGAUGCACGGUAGGUGGUUUUCUUUCUUAAGGAAAACAAUAAACUAUUUGCAUAAGAAUAGCCGAAACCAUUUAAUUUUUGGUCGCAUACAUUUGUUUAAGAGCAGCUUUGCAUGUCUAGUAAAUAUUGUUUCUCCCACCCGAAGAAAAGCCUUUGAUCCGAAGAAGAAUUAAUUGAAUAUGACAUUUAAUGAAAUGAAUAUAACGAUUCUUGGAUCACGAAUAGAAUAAUCACCGCUAUUUUCUAAUGUUUCAUAGGUGGGGAUAAAAAGUUAAUCCACAGCUUAAUUUUAAUACCUAUUACUACAUAACUAUACAAAUGUAGCACAGUGAGGUGUACCUCUACUUCUACACAUAUUUGACAUCUUCGUAUUUUUCUUUGAUAAAUCAAUUCAAAGAGCACUCCUUGCUUGAGUGAAAUGACACCAAAAUCAAUUAUUUUUUUGUUUAUAAUACUACAUAUACAUGCAUAUUUCUGACACUGGGGUAAGGAGGGAGAGUUGAUUCCUAAAUUCUGGGAAAGUUAAACUUUUAAAAAUUUCUUACAGUUUUUAUGUGGAACAUUUCUUAAUUAUGGACCCUGUCCUUUCUACACAAUAACACAGGUGUGCAAGCUUGCUCAAGAUUAUGACAUAAAAGUUGUUCACCGACUGAAGGAAGGAAAAUACAUUAUUCUUGGAAGAAUCAUGUUUGUUCGAGUAAGUGGAGCUCAGUUUAACCAUGAACAAUUAUGA